AUGACAGCUCAUGAGUGUGUACAUUAUUUCCGAAUUUUAUUACAUCGAGUCCCGAAAUCCUGUCACAUGCCUUACUCGUCAAGUUCACACGUUCCUCUACUCCCUUCAGAUGCACGCCAUAAAUUGCAGCUCAGAAAAUGCUACAAUGAUUCGGCAAAUAUGGGGAAAACAGAUAUAAGGCGGCAUGUGCGGGAUACUGAUCAUGAUACUUCUUUACGACUUGGUAUCAAACGGAGAUACAAUUCACGUGGCAACAGUAAUGCGGUCAACUAUCAUUCGGGAGAACAAAAGCGAAUAAGAAAGUCAAGCCCCGGCUAUGGCUUUCCUAGUGCAGAAAGUCAUAACUCCGAUGAAGAAUGGAAUCUGGGAAUAAACAAAACUGUCCCUCGUAAAGUAACUAGUUUAUCUAGGAAUCCUCUGUUAAGUAUUCGACCACAUGGUUACGGGAAUCGAUUUCAAGGUUACGAUCCCAAUCAAGCUACUGUACCCAACAAAUUCAAAAACUACAGGCUGGAUGUUAAUAAUGCUAAUCAAAAUAUAGAUAAUGAGCAACUUUUAAUGUUGUAUUACAGUCAUAUGUAUCAACAGUACUACCGAACUUAUACGGCGACUGCUCUCUCAUUGUCAAAUUAUCCCAAUGCUGACUUACUACCUGCUGUUGCAGCUGCAGCUGCUAACAAUUCAGGUAUUCCAUCGGAUCUAACUUCUAUAGGAUCAGUACUAUCAAGUGGUAAUAGUUUUGAUUUUUCCAAACAUAACCGAGAUGUAAAUAUACGUGGAAGGCGUCCAAAAAAAUAUCAUAAGCAUGAGUCAUCCAAUGUUUCUUCCCAUUCACCUGAACAACGUCAACACUCACAUUCCCGUACUUUUCGAUCUAAUAGAACAAACGACUCUUCUCGUUCCUCUGUGAAAGAUACAGUUGCAAAAGGGAAAGGAUUUAGAAAAAGAGAAUCACCUAUCAAAGUAAAAAAGACAGAAUACACUUCUGAAGAAAGUGAUGACCAUUGCCCAGAUUACGUCAGUAAUGAUCAGCUUUGUAAAGGGAACUCAGCAAAUGAUGAUAAUGAAAUUCAACAGAAAUCUUCCAGACGCGUUGUUCGUAGACGCUCGACUGUUGAAACUACUACGUCAACCAGACAGAAAGAGGAGUCAGUUCAUGACGAAGAUAAUUCCAAAGUAGUAACAUCAAAUACGUCUGAAAUUGUUACUGAGUCUAAACAAUCAUUCGGAGCUAAUAAUGAAGUUAGCACCACAGAAGCAGUGUCACCGAAUGAAACUGAAUCUGUUGAAGAAGGUGAGGCUAAGGAUGAUGAUACAUAUGGUGAGGAAAGCGAAGAAAAUGAAGGCGUACUUGAAGAAUCAUCAAGCGAAAACGAAGCUGACAGCUCACGUGAAACAGUUAGCUCAAAUCAACAAAAUCAGAAAAAGGCGAAUAAUUUAUCAGAAUCAAAAUCUUCAAAGGUACAGAAAACUUCUACAUCCUCGACAUUUAGCCGAGUUGCAGCAGAAGGCAAGAGACGACAUGUUGAAGUCCUGCCUACUGACACUUUACUUCCUACGUCCACUGAGUUUGAUCAUGAACGUGGACCACUUUUACCUACACCAGUGGAUGUGGAUAGACGACAUUUAAGAUUUCGUAACUCUGGUAAUGAUUUAUCAUUAUUCCCUGGUUGUGCUACAUCACCUCAUAUUCCAAAUGUCUUGGAAGCUGCUGCACUAAUGUCAGGUCUUUGUCCAUCUCUAUUUCCGUCUAUGAAUCCAUCGAAUUUGUUAAAUACUCUAAGAUGUCCUCCUGUUGAUUUCGCUCCACCAUUUUGUGAUCUAUUUAAUUUACCAAACCCAAUUGAAAUUCAGAAACAAAUAAAUAGUUUAAAGUUGAACUGCCAUCCUCCAUCUGAGUCAUCAGAACCUAAGUCUGGACGAAGUAAACAUGAGAACUCCAAAAUAAGAAGUGAUGUCAGGGAAAUUCGUUCCACGUUUAAUAAAAAUUACAACAUGAAAACUCGACAUGGGAAUGACUCGGACACUGAAAGUAAUAGUUCUUCUGGUUCAGAUUAUCAGUCUAAUGUUGUAGUACGCAAAUCUGUUAAUAGACCACUAUCUUCAGAUAGAUGUAUGUUUGAAACCCCAAAGAACAAGCAUUCAGGGAAAUUUUCAACAACACGUAAAGUGAAAGAUAAAAUGAAAAAAGAACAGGAACCAGUAUCAGACAAACAAGAAUUCUCCCGUAAAGGCAACAAAUAUAUGUCUCCUGAUGAUGCGCCUGGUCCGUCAGAUACAAAUUCUAAUAAACCAGUCUCGCGUGUUCCACGAGGUCCUAGAACACCGUCUAGUCCACCGUUAUCUUCUCAGGAUGAAGGUGAUUCUGGUGGUACAUGUUCACAUUAUGAUUUAUCCCGUGAAUCUUGCUCCAGAAGUUCUCUUAAUAAUAAAACGCGUAGACAAAAUGAGAUAACUAGUUCCAUAUCAGGUCGCUGUUUGGAUUCAUCGAAUUCAAAUGAAAAUCUAUCUGUAAGAAAACCUGUUGUGUGUACAAAUUCUCAAUCGUCAAAUAACAGAUCACCGAAGACACGCUCCUCAAAGCAUAAUACUAAAAUAAUGCAUAGUCGAGAUUAUCACAGCUCCAACUGUUCCAACUCAUCCACUUCCGCAUCUACUUCUCGGUCAAAUUCUUAUGGAGCUCCAAAUGUCUGUAAUACUUCCAAUAAAAGAAAGAGAUCUACAAAUCGACAUAUUACACAUUCCAAUGUAGGCAUGUCCUACGAAGAUAAUUCCCCCAACCAAUCAUCACAGUUUGCAAAUUUUCGUAGCGAUGAUACUGGUGAUAGCAGUGACAGUUCAGAUCAACAAAACCGUGCACUACCUGCUGCCUAUGCAAAUCCUCAUCAAACCGACCGACAUCGGUCACAUUCAUCCGGUGAUGUUGAACCUCCACCUGCUCCUUCUCCUCGUAGUUCAUCUUCUUCCACUUCAUCUUCAUCAUCCUCUCGUUCAUAUUGUCACAUUCGCUCAAGUUCAAGUAAUCUUCCAGGAAAUAACAAGAUCCAAGUAAUAUCAUCCGGUUCUUCACGUCAUUCAUCAACGUCUCAAUCACAAGACAGAGGUAGACAUAAUCAGUCGAGGUCGCGACGGCAAGGUAUUAAACCGAAACCAAAAAAACGAAAUGAUAGCAAUGAUCACAAUCGACAAACCCGCUCUUUAAAAGAGAAGAAAAAGCUGUCUGCAUCCGUGUGCCAUAGAAGUUCUGAUUCUGGUGAUGACAUCGAUGACAACAAUAGAAGAGAAAUAUCGAAUCCGGUUUAUAGUUACCGUGAUUCUUCAUCAGAUCUCAAAGAUAUCUCUUCUAAAGAGUCAUCCAUUUUGAGACGUGGUGAAGAUGGUUGUUCUGACGUUUCUGAGGAUGAGAGCUCAACACCAGGUAAUCGAAAUGUGCGUAGACAGUCCUCUCGUUCUCCAACUUCUUCUUACACUUCUUCAAGAAGUACUGAUCGCAAUGUGCCAAAUCGUAGAAAUAAAGAAAGAGUGAUGGAGAACAAAUACAAACAUUCCAAGCGAAAGCCAUGUACUCCUGAUUCAUCAUUAUCGAAUACUCGCAAAUAUGGGCAGUCUAAAAACCGGAUUGAACGUAAUAUUGAAGAAAAACAUUUUAAUAACAACCGUAAACGUGCUUUGCUUUCUCCACCAACGAGUACAAAACUUGAAACUAAAAUAUGGAGAUCAAGAAAAGGUUAUGUCAAUGAAGUUCCCUCUUCAUCUUUACGACAUCCUCAGCUUCCAAACUCUCAUCACUCAGUGAACAAGAAAGUUUUUCAUGGGCAAGUUACUUCGAAAACAUCCAGGCGUUCGAGUUCUAUAAAAAAUCAACGAGAAGAAAGUUCUUGGUCAACAAUGGCUCAUGAACGUCAUACUCGCGAUGAUCAUUAUGUUAGUAAGUCAUUUAAAUCUGGAACUAUGCAUAUUGAUAUGACUGAUAGUUCAUCUCGAUCGAGACCACCUCGUUUUGGACAUACAACCAAUAACAAGGAUACUAAUGGUAUGCGACAAAAUUACGCCUCUAGGAAUUAUCCUGUAAAACAUUCACACAUUAAAACAGAUGUACAUGACUCAAAAUUACAUUGGUCUAAAAGUGGCAACUCGAGAAAUUUUCGCCCACCAGUUACCUCUUCGAGUCAAUCACCUAUCGGCAGAGUUGGAAAACAUGUUGGGGCAUCAAGUGAUCAUCAUCAUCACCAGAAUGCGCGUAAAAAACAAACAGAUAUUGUAUGGGAGCCUGGUCCUAAAAGUAUUAAAAAGAUGAAUAAUAACUAUUCAACUAAAGUUUCCAGUUCUAAAGCACUUUUAAAAACACCUGAAACAACUUCACGGCGUGCAGAUCAUCAUCAUCAUAGUCAACAUGAGUCGUCUAGAGACUCUGAAUCUCAUAAUUCCGAUUCUUCAAGUAGCUCAUCUCAACAAGAAUUGUCAUCAGUAGUUCAUUCAUCACUUAAUUGUAUACAGUCAUCAAAUCGUGCGAGUUUUAAUCCGACCUCUUCUGCCUUUUCAACUGAAUUUUCUAAUUUUGUGCCAAGAAUAACUUCAAUUACUUCUGUAGAACCUUCUGUUGGUAUUGUUCAACCUGUUUGUCUACAGCAUUUAGUACCAAAUUGUUAUCUUCCUAUCGCUAUUUGCACAUCAUCUUCCAAUUUAAGAGAGAACAACACUAGGACACUAACGAAACAAACACCUGAAUACUCUUUGCAUAAUUAUUCACAAAUUAUAGAUAACCAGUUUCAUUUGUUGGAAUAUGCAUCGAACUUAUUACAUCCCUCUCAUUCAUAUUUACUAGUUGAACUGAUAAAUUUGACACUUUCUGAGCAAGAUUUUCUCUAUUUUACACAGUCAGUACAUUAUCAUGUUUUACUUAUAGUUACAGAUUGUAUAGUUUAUCAUUAUUGUAAAACAAUUAAAAAUAGUGUUCAAUCUAUUUAUUUAUCUAAUCCACUUCUAUUGUCCGAUUAUAAACCAAAUCCUGUGAUAAAUUCCACAGAAAAUUCAUCAAACAAUUUCACUAACUUAUCGAAUAUUCAAUUAUUAACAACAUCAGAUUCAAUUUCUUUAUUGGAACCUUACAUAACUGAUUCUUUUCAACAGUUGACAUUGAUCUCUAAUCAAUUAGGUUACAUUAAUUCUCCCAAAACUAAUCAAAGUUUAACAAUUAUGUCUACUUCAUCUACUCGUCCACCAAGAGUUCCUGCGAAUCCAAAUUUAGCGUCUGCAGUUCGUGGUACUGGUAAUAGUCAUAUUAAUGAUGGUUUAAGUCGAUUACGUGUAGGAAGCGCAGCAUCUAGAGAGUCUUCUUAUUCUCCACCAGCUGAUAGGAAACCUGCAACAACACGACGCACAAUCAAACCUACAUAUGGCGUUAAAGCUGAUGAGGUGAAUGCAGCGCUGCUACGUAAACUUGAAAAAGCUACCUCUAGUUUUAAUGGUCCAGAUUUUGAAGAUGAUACUGGUGGGGCGUCUUCAGACAAUGAUGUAUUUGAUACAGAAGACGAUGGAUGUGCAAUGAAACAUGAUGAAGGCAUCAUUUUGUUGGCCACUUCAUCAUCUCUGUUGUCUCCCGAAUCACCAGUUUAUGGAAAUGAGGCUGGUGCUGGAGAUCUAUUGCCUACAUCAUCUUCUUCAGUCAAAUCUCCUGUAAACCAAUUACUUAAGGCACUUACUUCUGGCAGUCGUUUGGUUACAUUGAAACCAAUUUCAAAGCAUGAAUUAUGUCAAAAACAAGUUCCAACGGCAAGCACGGCCACUCAGACCAAUGACAUACGUCUUGUUUGUGAACGAUGUUCAAACUAUUUCUCGUUGGAUACAGAACAGGCUCCUUCAUCAUCUACUUGUAUAAUUAAUAAGAGAGAAGAAAAGCAACAGCCAUCUUUGUAUAGACUCAGUUUAUUCACUAGUGUGAUAGAAUAUAUGCCUUAUCUAAUACCAUUAUCUCGUGGUGUUCCAUUAAGACGUAUGCGUUCUACUACAACUAGUAACAAUCCAUUAGUUUUCGGUGCUAAUUCACCUAGAUUUCGUUGGCCAAUAGAUGGUGAAUUUGUGGAUUGUACUGAAACUUUACCGGAUCAUCCUGCAGCUGUAUUUACCGUUUGCAUUAUUUGCGAUGGAUAUACUGCAACAAAUGUUAGGUUUACUAAGAGAGUAGAAUAUUUCAGUCCUCCAUGCAAAGCAUCAGUUAUCGUUUGUGGUCCAUUUACUUUCAAGUCAUGUUCUAACAUAAAGUCAGGCAAUUAUUUAAGAAGGCUGGAUAAUUCCAAUGACGUAACAAAUACUAAUACUAAAAGUAAUAACCUACAUAAUGGAUCAAUGAAAAAUUGUUUGAAUUCCAACAAUGAAAUUGAUGAGGAAGAGAAUAACAAAAUAAAUGAAAAUAAUGAAGAUGAGGAUUCUGAGUGUGAAACAGUUGGUCGACGUCUCCGACGACAACUUCGUCGUACACAAAAAACACAAGAGAUAAAUGCAGCUACUGUCGCUUGUGCAAUACGACAAAAUGCAAUGAUAGAUGGAUCUAUGACGUACCAACAAAACGAGAAUCAUAUGAUGAAUACUGUUAAUACAUCUGCUAAUGAUAAUAAUAAUAAUAAUACUAUUAAUGGUAACGGUAUUGAUAAUCAUUAUGCCAGUAAAUUAGUUAACAAUAAUACUGAUUCACUGACACAAGACACUCAAGAUCAAGCUACCUCGAGAUUAGCUGUUGCCAGACAACGUGCCAAACGAUUUAUUGAACUUAGGAAACUUAGCGUUACUGAAAGUUUAAAUGAGAAUUUAUUAUUAAGACAAGAGGCUGAGUCUCCUGAAGAAGAAGACGAUGAUGAAGUUGUCGAUGAUGUUGACGGUCAUCUGAUCUAUAGUAUUGGUGAUCGUUUAUUGAAUCGAUAUGAAAUUGUCAAGACACUUGGGGAAGGUACAUUUGGUAAAGUUGUUGAAUGCAAAGAUCAUGUACAGAAUCGUAGAAUUGCUUUGAAAAUUAUCAAAAAUGUUGAUAAAUAUCGUGAAGCUGCUAUGCUUGAAAUCAAUGUUUUAAAUUUCUUAAAUGAACGUAGUGCAAAUGUUGAACAUUUAUGUGUAACCCUGUUGGAUUGGUUUGAUUAUCAUGGACAUAUUUGUUUGGCAUUUGAUAUACUUGGAUUAUCUGUUUUUGAUUUCUUGAAAGAAAAUAAUUAUGUCGGUUAUCCAAUGGAACAUGUUCGUCAUAUAUCUUAUCAAUUAUGUUAUGCUGUUCGAUUUUUACAUGAUAAUCAAUUAACUCAUACAGAUUUAAAACCAGAAAAUAUAUUAUUUGUUGAUUCAGAUUAUAUAUCAGUACAUAAUCGUAAAAAACGUCGACAUGAACGUAUGGUUAAAUGUUCCGAUAUACGUUUAAUUGAUUUUGGUUCAGCAACAUUUGAUUAUGAUCAUCAUUCUACAAUUGUAUCAACAAGACAUUAUCGUGCACCUGAAGUAAUACUUGAAUUAGGUUGGUCUCAACCAUGUGAUGUUUGGUCAAUUGGAUGCAUCAUGUUUGAAUUGUAUACAGGUUAUACACUAUUCCAAACUCAUGAUAAUCGUGAACAUUUAGCUAUGAUGGAACGUACUUUAGGUCAUAUUCCUUAUCGAAUGACUAGAAAGUCACGUCGAACCAAAUACUUUGAUACAUCUGGCAAUCUUUUAUGGGAUGCACAAUCACGUGAAGCCAAAUAUGUUCUGACACAUUGUCGUCCAUUCCGGCGUUAUUGCAAAGAUGAAAGUCAAGAUACACUUGAUCUAUUUGAUUUAAUGUCUAAAAUGUUAGAAUAUGAUCCAGCAGACCGUAUUCCUUUGUCUGCAGCACUUACACAUCCAUUCUUUUUACAUUUACCAUCACAUCAACGUUUAACAUAUACUCUUCAUCCAUCAGAUACAAUUCCACCUAAUGAACGUCGUACAUCCGGCUCACGUAGUGGAACAAAUAAUCAACAACCAUCAACAACAGCGAAUAAUGGCUCGUCAUCUUCAUCAUCAGUAUCAUCAGAUGUUAAGCGUAAUAGGUGAAGAUCGUCACCGGAUAAUAAUUAGUAUUUUUAUUCUAUCAACAUUGAUAGUUAUCAGUUAAAAUUGUAAUGUUUUUGUUUUUGCUUUUCACUUAUUUUAUCUCCUCAAAUUGAGAAGAAGAAAAUCAUACCAUUUUUCUUUCGAAAUAAUAAUAAUAAUAAAACUCCAACUCAAUUUGUUUUAUGGUGUUCAGCACACUAAUAUGUGUUACAAUAAACACAUAUAUUUUGUUGUUCAUGUAUAUAGAGCUUUGUAAUAUGUUUAGUGUGUGAAGAAUGCUAAAGUCUCUAUCUUUCAAUUAUCGUUAUUGUUGUCGUUGCCGUCGCUAUCAUUGUCUCCUUCCUCUUCGAAUUCUUGAUAUUCUUUUUUCCUAAUGAAAAGAAGGUUGGUAUGAAAAAGAUAUUUUGAGGUUUGAGCAUUACAAACAUUACUUUCAUUCUUACCUACUAUUAUCAUGCUGUCAGAUACACAUAUACAUAUUGUUUGUUCUCUUUUCCCAUCUCUGUAUGCUUAUUGUCUUUCGUUGGUAUUUCAGUUAUUAUCCUUUAACUAUCUUAUUAUUGCUUGAGACUAUGGGUCAUCUAUUCAUAUGUACUUGUAUGUGUUCUUGUUUACAUUUGAUAAAUUUCUUCCUGGUAAAUGAUGAAUAGUUCAUCAGUUACUAUUUUCUUGUUCGGUUCUGUUUUUGAUUGCUAUCGUGCAGAGAGAAAAAGAGAAAGGUUUGCUUGUUUAAACGUUUAUAUAUGUAUACAUUAUUGGGAUUCAUAAACUUGGAUCGAUAAUAAAAGGGACGUAUUUGCAUAUGACUCGAUGUUCCGUUUGAAUUAUUGACGUGACACAGUUCAUCUAUGUCAUAUAUAUAUGUGUGUGAUGAUAGUGUACACUUUGGUUUUUUUUGGAGUACUUAUAGGUGCUAAGUUUUUGUUUGAAUUUCUUCAUGUGGUCAAAAUGAAAUAAGAAUGCAUGCUAAAUAGUGUAUCUCAAUUCUUUUUGUUCCCCUGUCAAGCAUUCUAUCAUAAAUAUCAGUGAAAACAACAGGUCAGUGAUUGUUUGUCUAAUGAAUAGUCUAAUGAGUCUGAUUGAUAGAAGCUCUUCUCAACCUUAUUCUACUUCAUUCUUCCUCUUCUUCUUUUGUACCUUUUUUUCUCCUUCACUUUCUCUCGCACAUAUAUUGUACACCAUGUUUUCUUCAUUUAAUGAUCAUUAUCAUAAUUAGUUUGUAUGAAUCUGUUGUCAUUCAAUAUAGCAAUGUGUUUUAAUGAAUUAUCGAUUGGUUUGUUGUGCUUGAUAGUAUUCAUUUUAUUUUACAAAUGAAUGAUGAAUUAAUGAACCAUUAUUAUUGAAUAAUAAUAAGUAGUAACAGAGAGUUACGUUACAUGUGUCAAUUGAGAAUAUGUGUACACAUUAAUGUUAGUAGGUUUUGCUUUGUCAAUCUUUAAUCCCUAUUCUCUUGGAGAUUGUGUUUUAUCUUUUUUUUUAAUGAUAUAAAGAAGAAUAAUGUGACAAAGAAUGUAAUGAACGAUCCAUCCAGUUAACUACUAAUAUCGUUACAUAUAUUGAUUGGAACAAACAAUUGUAUGCUAUAUUUUCUCUAAUGUUUCUGUUCUUCUGUUUUGUUUUUUUUUUAAAACAAUGCAAUCCUAUAUCUUGUCUUUUGUUCUCUUUCUCUCGGUCUCUUUCUGUCUUUUUUCUAGUAAUUUCAAUGUAAAAUGUUCAUAUGUUUUCACAAAAUACACAUGCAGAAAAAAUUAAUAAGUGAACAAUUAUUAGUUGUUUCUUUCUUGUUUUUUGUUCAACGAUCCAUAACAACUUUUAAUGAUUGAGAUCCUAAGUCGAUUAAAGCUAGAUCAUCAUGGGAAAUCCCGAAGCACUAGACAGCCGUUUCGUCUUAUUGUCUGACUCUUCAGUAGUGUGUGUAUCCACGAUCUUGCCUUGCGGGAUGCAAUAAACAUUCAUUUUAUAUUUAAGUAUUAAUUAUGUUAUAAUUUCAAUGUAUAAUUCAUUUACUGAAUCGAGGGCUUUAUAUACUCAUCUUGUGUAUCAUAUUUCAUGUGUUUAAGGUUGCUUAAUUUAAACUAGAUUGAGCAUAAUUCGAAUUUGUAAUCUAGAAGGCAAGAGUUGAAUGCUUUAAGCUAAUAACUCCAUUUUCGUAUAGAAGAAUGAUAUAUUAACAAACAUUAAAGCUCAAGUCUAUUAGUUUGGUCGCCCCUAACUUUCUUCCAAC